AUGAUGCUAUUGCUACCAUUUCAGUUCAUCACCCUAUGGACAAUACGGGGGAAUGUGCCCACUGAAGCUUUGUUGCUCAAUUUUCGUCAAGAUACUUCUGAAACAUUACACCAAAUCGGCUACAAUAUAAACAUCAACUCAACUUUUACGCUGAUUCAUACGAUCACUUCUGUAGCUUAA